AAACGGCUCUUGACUUCUUUAUCCAUACCUGUGUAUGCAGGUAUAUACAUAAGUAGGUAGGUACUACGUACAUAAUCCAUACUAUCAUGGCUCAAAUAUAUGCGUGUACGUAAUAUACGGAGCCGAUUGAAGGUCAAGAUAUAAGCAGAUCACGAUGCAAUGCCACAUUUCGUCACGGGUUGAAGCCACUGAAAGACUUUGCGAGCCCCCUAGCAUAGCCCUAUCUAGUAACUCGAAGUGGUGGGCGACUUCUCUCGAGUUGAUUGGCUUUCAGAAGAACCCUUUGGGGGCCGGAUCCACUCGAUUAUUGUUCAACCAUAGCGAUUCUGUCGAGUCAUAAGCGGCAAAAUGAGGCGCAAUGCAUGAGAAAUGGAAUAAGUUCGUGGUUGGUCGAGGACUCCCGUCAUGCCCCAGGGAGCGCCUCAUGGCAAUGUGCAUUACAAGAAUGGAUACCUACCUAGGUAGAUAUAUAACUUACCUAGGUGCUGUCAUGGCCUUAGGGACCUGGAGACUUGGGUACCUAGGUAGUCAUAACCACUGUUGAGUGCCGUCAACUCAUUGCUCAAGUAGCUACCUGGUUAGUCAACAGUGACAGAAGCGGAUCGACCAUGACGCCAAAGCCGUACUUUAUCCUCUCUGAGGUGGCGACUCAGGACAAGAUCAACUCUCUUUUAGGCCGAGCCGUACCGUUCACAUCAGCCAAACCUGGAGAUGUGGAGAACCCCUUAAAGCGCCCAGCAGAGGGUCGUAUUUACCCAAUACUCCCCCCUGAAGGCCCGGAUCUCCGUGAACUCGACAAACAUCUCUAUCCACAAGGCGUCAAAGCGAAAGAAGCCAAGAUCCUCCUCGAGAGCGCGCGGGGAACGGAUGCUGAAGUGGCUAUUACGAAGGCGCUCGCGCUAUUUCAUUCUAGCUCGAAAUCAAACAAGCGAGCAGCAUCGAUCCCAGGAUUUCGCCGCCUGACAAUUGACCAAGCACCUCACCGAAUCGAACAAUUGCUAAAACACGACCAAUAUUCCAAACCGAUUUUUGAUUAUUUCACCAAAUACCCAAAUGGAAAACUAGGAAUUAUCGUUAGUAUUAUAUGUGCGAUGGACAUGAGUCUCAACAUCCAACAAGCCCAGUCAAGAGACAGUGGUGUGCAGGUAGAGGUUCCUAAGGAGGCAGUGGCAGCACCUGGGGGACCUCCCGUGGCUUCGGAUACGGGUGCUCGGAUAUCUACUAGCAGCACGAAGGUUUCCGAGGCCGAGGGAACCUAUGAUGGCGAGAUUGUGGUGGCAUGCGGCUACUUGCAGAUGACUCGAAAGCCUCAGUCCUUGUUAAAAGCAUUCCUCCAAUCUGGACCUAAGGUUUUCUUUCAGUCUAGGAAGACCUCCAUAGACGACAUCACCAUCACGAGCAAGGAUGAAUUCGUCCAUCCGAGAACUAUGGACGUUUCACUUCCGCCUAGUAGGCUUCCCGGCGACCACGAGGCAUAUUUGGGAGGUAACGUCGAUUUUGACGAGCAACAUGAAGCCCCUACCCAUGAGGAGACCUCCAACAAUAGCGACGAUGAUAUGAUAUUAUAUGUAUAAACAUGGUAUGAACUGUUGGUGGUAGCGCUAGAACAUUUAGGGACGGCGUUCAUUUACUCAUAUCAUCACUAGCAUUUCUGUCAUUUAUAUAUAAAUAUCUAGGUUGUUCAUAGAUACCCCUGAGGCAAAGAGGGCAAGUUAUCACGAAUGUAUUAGCAGUCCCCUAACUACUCGCAGCCCCAGCAGAUUUAGAUAUGUUUCAUAAAAAGUUGACUACACUCACUCAUUGCCGUAGUCUUCACAGCCGCUAUUCUGAGGGACGAUUGUGUAUCACGUAAUAUCCGACUCUAUGAUUCUGGUGACUUUUCCUGCUG